AUGUCACAGACCGACACUACUCCAGGAGUGAUAUCACAGGCCGACACCGACACUACAGCAGGAGUGAUGUCACAGACCGACACUACACCAGGAGUGAUGUCACAGACCGACACUACACCAAGACUGAUGUCACAGACCGACACUACACCAGGAGUGAUGUCACAGACCGACACCGACACCACACCAGGAGUGAUGUCACAGACCGACACUUCACCAGGAGUGAUGUCACAGACCGACACUACACCAGGAGUGAUGUCACAGACCGACACUACACCAGGAGUGAUGUCACAGACCGACACCGACACUACACCAGGAGUGAUGUCACAGACCGACACCAACACUACACCAGGAGUGAUGUCACAGACCGACACUACACCAGGAGUGAUGUCACAGACCGACACCGACACCACACCAGGAGUGAUGUCACAGACCGACACUUCACCAGGAGUGAUGUCACAGACCGACACUACACCAGGAGUGAUGUCACAGACCGACACUACACCAGGAGUGAUGUCACAGACCGACACCGACACUACACCAGGAGUGAUGUCACAGACCGACACCAACACUACACCAGGAGUGAUGUCACAGACCGACACUACACCAGGAGUGAUGUCACAGACCGACACUACACCAGGAGUGAUGUCACAGACCGACACUACACUAGGAGUGAUGUCACAGACCGACACUACACCAAGAGUGAUGUCACAGACCGACACCGACACUACACCAGGAGUGAUGUCACAGACCGACACCAACACCACACCAGGAGUGAUGUCACAGACCGACACCGACACUACACCAGGAGUGAUGUCACAGACCGACACCGACACUACACCAGGAGUGAUGUCACAGACCGACACCGACACUACACCAGGAGUGAUGUCACAGACUGACACCGAUUCUAGACCAGGAGUGAUGUCACAGACCGACCCUACACCAGAAGUGAUGUCACAGACUGACACCGAUACUAGACCAGGAGUGAUGUCACAGACCGACACUACACCAGGAGUGAUGUCACAGACCGACACCGACACUACACCAGGAGUGAUGUCACAGUCCGACACUACACCAGGAGUGAUGUCACAGUCCGACACCGACCCUACACCAGGAGUGAUGUCACAGACCGACACUACACCAGGAGUGAUGUCACAGACCGACACUACACUAGGAGUGAUGUUACAGACACUACUAAAUACGUAA